AGAGGGCUGGGACGGGCGGUGCUUAACUGCUGGAGCGGCGGAAGGCAGGAUCCGUCAGCUUCUCAGGCCACAGAAGAGCUCGCGUCAUCCCUGGCCUGCUCCUGGCGAUGGGCUUCCUGGGGGCCGUCCUCUGGGCAGUGCUCCAUCCCCAGACCCUCCUGCUGGGUGCUGUCACUUUUCUGCUCUUCGCUGACUUCCUCAAAAGCCGGCGACCAAAGAACUACCCGCCAGGGCCUUGGCGCCUGCCCUUCCUCGGCAACUUCUUCCACCUUGGCUUUGAGCAGUCGCAUCUGAGAGUUCAGCGGUUUGUGAAGAAAUAUGGGAACAUUGUUAACUUUGAAUUCAGAAAUGUAUCUUCAGUUGUUAUUACUGGAUUGCCCUUGAUCAGAGAAGCCUUCAUUCAUAAGGACCAAAACUUUGCAAACCGCCCUGUUUUUCCUGUGCGAGAACGUAUCAUUAAGGGACAUGGAUUGAUCAUGUCCAAUGGCCAGGUAUGGAAGGAGCAAAGAAGGUUCGCCCUGACGGCACUGAGGAACUUUGGCUUAGGGAGGAAGAGCUUAGAGGAACGCAUUCAGGAGGAGGCCUACCACCUCGUUGAGGCAGUAAAAGAGGAGAACGGACAGCCUUUUGACCCUCACUUCAAAAUCAACAAUGCAGUUUCCAAUGUCAUUUGCUCCAUCACCUUUGGGAAGCGAUUUGAGUACCAGGAUGGUGAGUUUCAGGAGCUGCUGAGGUUACUGGAUGAGGCCACAUACAUGGAGGCUUCAGUGGCAAGCCAGCUCUACAAUAUCUUUCCAUGGAUAAUGAAGUUCCUUCCCGGUUCCCACACAACUGUCUUCAGAAACUGGGAAAAACUAAAAUUGUUUGUUGCUCAUAUCAUUGAAAACCAUAAGAGAGAUUGGAACCCUGAUGAAACAAGAGACUUCAUAGAUGCUUAUCUCAAAGAAAUCAGCAAGAAUGCCAGCAAUGCUAACUCAAGUUUCCAUGAAGAGAAUCUCAUCUGGAGCACUCUGGACCUCUUCUUUGCUGGAACCGAGACAACUUCUACCACCCUGCGCUGGGGGCUGCUUUACAUGGCCCUCUACCCAGACAUCCAAGAGAAAGUACACGCUGAGAUUGACAGAGUGAUUGGCCAGGAGCAGCUGCCAAGCGUGGCUGCCCGGGAGUCCCUGCCCUACACCAACGCCGUCAUCCAUGAGGUGCAGAGGAUGGGCAACAUCAUCCCCCUGAACGUUCCCAGGGAAGUGGCGGCUGACACCACCUUGGCUGGAUACCACCUGCCCAAGGGCACUAUGGUCUUGACCAAUCUGACUGCACUGCACAGGGACCCUGCGGAGUGGGCCACACCGGACACAUUCAAUCCUGAGCAUUUUCUAGAGAAUGGACAAUUUAAGAAAAGGGAAGCCUUCCUGCCUUUCUCAAUAGGAAAGCGGGCUUGCCUUGGAGAACAGUUGGCCAGGACUGAGCUGUUCAUUUUCUUCAUUUCCUUUAUGCAAAAAUUUACCUUCAAGGCCCCAGACAAUGAGAAGCUGAGCCUGGAGUUCAGAGAAGGCCUCACCCUUACCCCAGUCAAACACCAGCUCUGCGCUGUUCCUCGGGGGUGAGGUUGAAGUUGUUAGGAAAGGAAAAGAGAGGGGAAAAUGGGAAGAAAUGGACUAUGUUUGGAAGACACUGGUGAACGCACAGAUGUGAGGGGACAAAAUGAUGGUGACCCCAGGAAAGAUCAAAGGAAUUGGACUCAGUGGAAAUUAUAUCCAAAUCCCAGCUCUGCCAUGUCCCCUGAACUAUCCUUGGGACAAACAUUCAUAUACUGAACGAUUUACCUUUUCAUACAAGAAAUGAAAAAAGGAAAAUGAUUCCUUCCCUAAAGAAAGUUCUUGUCAGAAUCAAAAGAAAUGGUGGAUGUCAAGUGACUUGGAAACCAUAAAGCACAGCAUAAAUAUGAUGCCUAUAAA